GUCUACACCGUUUCUCAUCUCAGCUGAUCUGAUCCCAUUUUACUGGCUGUUUUGUGACAUCGUGGUGGGCAGCAGCGAAAAUACUUCCGCCAUCGAGUGACGUUCAUGCUACAACCGAUCGUCCACAAUCUUGUUUUCCUUGUUGACAAGCGACAAGUAAUACCCGCCCGUGUUUAUAAACCAAGAUUCAGAAUAGCUGUAAUAGGAAGAUUUAUUUGUUGAUCUGGUAUUUCUGGUAAGAAAACGAACACUGUUAUAUAGAAACAGACAAUAAAGCCUAUUGCAUCAUUCAUUAAGGUAACUUUCCUAUUUCAACCGAUCUAGGUGAUGAUCUCAAGUUAAACAGUUUAUAAUCGGUGUUAUAGCAUCUUCUCUCUCAACAAGUACUCGCAGAAACAUGGGACGAAAGAAAAUUCAAAUAUCCCGAAUCAAUGAUGAACGGAACAGACAGGUCACGUUCACCAAAAGAAAAUUUGGUCUGAUGAAAAAAGCCUAUGAGCUGAGUGUCCUUUGUGAUUGCGAAAUUGCUCUCAUUAUAUUCAAUAGUUCAAAUAAACUUUUCCAGUAUGCUAGCACAGACAUGGACAAAGUGUUACUCAAAUACACUGAAUACAAUGAACCCCACGAAAGCAGAACUAACCAUGAUAUCAUUGAGGCUUUGAAUAAAAAAGAAAACAAAGGCUGCGAAAGUCCUGAGCCUGGUGAUGAACCCUAUCAGUUGACCCCUCGUACAGAAGCUAAAUACAGUAAAAUCAACGAAGAAUUUGAGCUUAUGAUGCACAGUAACACAGUUAUGCCAAGGGGUUCAAUUAGAAACAGUUAUCCACAGAAUAUGCCAGUCAGCAUCCCGGUAUCUCAGGCUAAUAACAUGACAGGAUAUAGUUCCAAUGCAAGCAGUAGUAUGCUGCAACCACCUCAACACACUCUGGGCAGGAACUCAGUGAGUCCUGUCAGCAAUAUGACACAACCACAACGGCCCUCAAGCAGUGGACCACCAAGUACGGUACUAAGCAACGAUUCAUCAAGUGCAACAAGUACUAGUACUGGCACUGGUACCACAGAUCACCACUUAAAUUAUAGAAAGAUUGGUUACUCAUCUAACCAAGAAUAUAUUUCUUCAUCAGUAGGAAGUAACUAUGGCAACCCUUCAAGGACAUCACCCGGCGGCACAUCGCCUGGGGGACUAGUCACCAAAGCAAUGACAAAACAAUCUCCGACAGCUACGCGGCCUCAGCUCAGAGUAGUAAUUCCAACGAGUCGAGGGCUGCCACAAGGAAUAAGUGCUAAUCCAAACCAGUCUUUAGCUACUCCAACCGUGUCUUUGGCAACACCUAGCAACCCACCAGGAAUACCAAAUUAUCCGUCCGCAAUGCCAACUGCUUUUCAAUCAGGUGACUUUGCACUGAACACUGCAGAUUUGUCUCAGUUAUCAAAUUUCAAUUCACCUGGAACGUUACCACUCAGUGCGGUAUCGGCAUGGCAACAUCAGCAUCCUCUUUCAGCAGCAGUACAGGCAGCAGGGAUAACUGGUAGUACACCUUCAUCUUCAACGCCUGGCUUACUAACUACUGAUCGAGGCAUGGGUGGCAUAAAAAGUGAGCCGAUUUCUCCACCACGUGAUAAAAACCAAUUGAAUCCUACAGCUGGCAGAUGUACUCCACAUGAUACAGCUAUGUCACCCGGCCGGCAUAGUCACUGCAGCUCAGCGUCUGCGUCACCGUUUGCAGGAAGUGAUCGAGAAGAUGGGCGUGGAGGGGGAGACUCGAAUUACCAGUCAUCAGGCAAUAGAGGAAGCAUCAUGGGGGACAAAGAUGGGCCUCCUACAAAGCGACAACGAAUUGAAAAUGCUUGGUCAACGUAGUUUGAAAUUUACAAUGUAAACAAGGACGUGUUACAAUAUCAUAUCAGAUGCAACAUAAAAUUUAAUGAAUAUAAAUAGCCUAGGGUUAGAAUACUUUUUUCCAGCAGGUUGUUUCCUUACCCGGUACUCAUACCCGAGUCAUGUUAGUGUAUUUUUCAGGUGUAGAUUAGAAUAUUUUUUUCAUAAAAUGAGAGAAUUGGGAUAGAGAACCUUGUGAAGGAAACAACACAGCUUUACAGAAAUACAUUAAAAUGUUAGCCUUGUACUAUAGUCGUGUGUAAUGUACACAUUGAUUAAAGUCAUUGUACUGGAUAUCUUGAUUUAGUGAAGCAUGUAUCAUGGUAUAGUAUACUCAAUAUGUCAGUAUAAUAAAUGAUAUACUGAUUACUGAUACCUCUGUAUAGCGAAGGGUGUACUGACUUGAUACCUACAGUGUAGGUAUAAUGAAAGAUGACUUUAUACCUCUGUAAAAUGAAGGAGAUACUGACAUCAAUAAAUAUUGAAAGGUGCAUGACACGACUGCAAUGAAAAGGUAUACUGACUUGAUACCUCAAUAUACUGAAGGUUUUCUUUAUGUAUAAUGAAAGACAUACUAACUUGAUACCUUGGUAUAAUGAAGUGUAUACUGACCCAAUACCUCAGUGUGUACUGACCCAAUAUCUUGGUAUAUUGAAGGGUGUAGUGAAGGGUAUACUGAGAUGAUACUUCAGUAUAGAGAAGGUUUUACUGACCAAAUACCUCAGUAUAGUGAAGGGUUUACUGACUUAAUACCUCAGUAUAGUGAAGAGUUUACUCACUUAAUACCUCAGUAUAGAGAAGGUUUUACUGACUUAAUACCCCAGUAUAGAGAAGGUUUUACUGACUUAAUACUUCAGUAUAGUGAAGGGUUUACUGACUUAAUACCUCAGUAUAGAGAAGGUUUUACUGACUUAAUACCUCAGUAUAGUGAAGGGUUUACUGACCUGAUAACUUGGUAUAGUGAAGGGUGAACUGGCUUGAUACCUCAGUAUAAUGAAGGGUGUACUGACUUGAUACCUCGGUAUAGUGAAGAGUGUUAAUGACUUGAUACCUCACCUUAUAUUACAAUUAAAAUUUCUAAUAGCUUUAUCAAAAAAGGACAAAAAAAUACUUUAUUAAAAGUGAUGUUCAGUGUUCUUUGGAAUACAGUCAUACAUAGCAAUAGAAAGAAAAUAACAAUGUUAUUUUUUUGCUACUUAGUAUAAAUUAACUGCUACACGCCAGAUUAUCGAUCUUCUAGAUUUACAUGAAGCUUUUAACAACACCAGUCACUCUUGAAAUUAAAGACAAAAAUUAUUAUUCCUUUACAAUACGAAAUGCAAAUUUGAAAUGAAUUUAAAAACAUUGUUGGAACCUACCACAUUAGUAACUCUGCCCAUAUUUGUUAUGUUACCAUCCCUUCAGUUACUUUCCUUAGUUAUAUAUACACAUUGACAAUUUUGGGGUAGAUUGAAAGAACAUUAAGUUUGCCAUUUUUUUUUAAUUUUUUUUUGGGAUGUACAGUGUUUUAUUAAAUAUAGAUUAUUUGUUAGAAAAGAGUUAUUUGAACAUUACUUUCAUAGUGUAACGUCUAGAGUUAAUAAUAUAUUAAGUUUGAAAUAAAACACAAUGUAAAACAGAUUCUAAAGAAACUGUUUGCAUCAAUAGUUACAACUAUGUUACUACCUAUUAAACCUUUGGACUAAAAGUCCAACUGAUUUUUGUUGUUUUCUUUGAUAAUGAAUUGUCUAGCUGAGGUUUGCACAGCGUUUUGAUACAUAAUGACACAUCUAUGUGGCCUUAUACGAUGCUGGCAAUAUAGAAAGAGAGAUAUUUAAAUUAUGGCCGGCCAUGUUCUUCUGUUAUUUUCAGAGACUUGCCUUCUAACUCCGUAGGUCAGAGAGUUAUAGCUAGAAAGACCAGCAGCUGCAUUUCUUCGGUUUUUUUUUGGAUGAGAGAUAAAAUAAAAAAUAAACACAAAAAAUUAUCACUUUCUUUUUUGGAAAACCACCAUUUAUAUUAUUUUAUAUGUGAUCUUGUAUUUCUGUUUCAAAUUGCUUCGUUUUUGUACAGUAUUUUGUGAGCAGAAGGGUGAUAAAAUACACUAAAUGUUUCUCAGGCUCAGUGGUGCAUUACCCACAAUGCAACUGGCUCAUUUGCAUACUAACUGUCUGCAAACAAGUGUUGGUUAUUUCUUUACUUGGUGAAUUGUAUCCUGUUAUUUAUUAUUGUUUAAUAUUAUUGUUAUUGAUAAUGUUUUUUAAAAAAAAGUGGUAUAGUUUAUUUGUACACUUCAGUGUUACUUGUUAUACAAAAGUAAUUGAAUUAUCUUGAGUUUGAUUUCGUUUCUGUGGACCAGAGAAGCCCAGGACAGAUGGUGUGCUCCAACCUGACCCUUCUCAGUAUUAAAAAAAAAUAUAUAUUUUUUUUUUUUUAAUUUCUUAUGAAUUAGAGUUGAUUAUUUAUGUUUUUUUCUUAAAUACUUUACUUAGAAUGUUAAAACCACCAAUGAACUAAACAGAAAGUACACCUUUAUUAACCUAGUGACUUUGUGUGAUUAAACAAAAGUACAUCAAGCUUACAAUUCAUGGUGCAAAACAAAAACUUACAUUUUGGAGAGGAGACCAUUUUAAAAUUUAAGACUAUUUAAAUAUGUCACUAUUUAAUGACUGAAGUGGAUGGACCAUUCCAUUUAUUGGAGGGGGUCUGGGUGUUCUGGAGCUGGGCUCUCUUUUUUGCUUUCCUAAUGGAAUGGUCGCUUCUUCAGUGAAUUUAGCCUCAUAAAUUAACCAGAUAAGAUUUUGAAAGUAGCACAGGGGACAGCUUCGUAAAUGUUAGUAAAGAAGACUGGGGAGAUGGCUUGCCGACUGCCAUAGAUUUGAUAGUUGUACAUUAGUGAAAAAAUUAUCAAAUGAUUUGUAUCAAUGAUUGCUAGGUUUCCAUGGAUUUCAUUUCUGUUUCAAUGAUAUCAGUCAAUGUUCUCAUAAUCCUCCCCUCUGAAGGCUGUCAAUCGUCACUGUAUUUGUCUAUGCAGUAAAGCCAACCUUCAGUGCACUGUUGCAUUGUAAACCACAAUAGAACUUAAUAACUACCAACGACUGGCCACAGAAAAAGAAAAAAAAAGUACACUACAUAACAUGACCGAUUUUUGCCUAAAUUUUUUUUAUUAAUUUAUAACGAGUAUUCUGUUGUGAAAGUAGGCUAUGCAUUUGCUGUUAAAUCUGCAUGAUUUAGUUUUAAGUCGGGUUGCACACAAUCUAAAUACGGUAUGUGUAUACAAUAUGCUGGUACCAUGCCUGAACCAAACUACAAUGGUCAACUUACAGAAUUAUACCACUGCUGAACAACUAGUAUACUAUAAUAUUUUUUAGUUGUCGGGGUCGAGGGGCGGCUGCUCCCUCUUGUUCAUCUUGAUUUGGCGGGAGAUGCAAAGUCCCCCACAAAACGCGAAAUCCAUGGAUAAACCUAUUUAUUUAUUUAUUGUAACAGAUAAAAUGUAGACAAAAUAAUUCUUACUUGAAAAAAAAAAAUAUUUGUUUAUUUUGUUAGCUGACAAAGCAGGUCUUUGCCGUAAAACAAAGACCACAUUUUUACCUAGGUAAUGAUUGUUCUGUAUUGAUUGGCUUUUCUUUUAUGCCUUCUGUAUUGAAUAACUUUGUUUUUUUCAUGGUUUGUCACUGUAUAGAUAAAUUGUACUACACAAUAUUAUUCAUAUUUUUAUGGAAUUUUUUCAUGAUGCAAGGAUUGUAUGUAUGGUUUUACUGCAUAUUACAGUAAAAUUUGGCUUAAAAUGUA